CCCAAAUGCCCUAAAUUUUCUUAGCGCUUUCCAUGGAAGAAUAUUUGAGUUUUAGGGUUUCAUGGCUGAUAAGGUUGGCAUUGUUGGCUGUGAUCUUGAUUGGUUUGUCGGGACCAAAUGCUUUUGCGGUGGAAGAAGGUGGUGAUGGUAUUGAGACGCUUUGCAGCGUUGAUCUCUCUACGUUCCUUCCUCUUCCGUACAGUAAUUUAUCGAACGCGGUCUGUAAACCCAUUUGGAAUUCAUAUCUUCUACGAUACUCCCAGACCAAAGACCAUGUUGUGACCAUUGUAUUAUCUACUAUAUAUACCACUGGAUGGAUAGGGAUGGGGUUUUCAAGAGAUGGAAUGAUGCUCAACUCAAGUGCAAUGGUGGGAUGGAUCAACAAAGUAGGUCGACCAAGAAUCAAGCAAUACUACCUGGAAGGCUUCACACCCUCGAAAAUUAAGCCAGAUAAAGGUGAACUGCCACUGACUGAUAUUCCACCAUUUGCUGUCCUCCAUGGGGCUUCAAUUUACUUGGCAUUUCAGAUGAAGUUUGCUAAUUCCCUGGCCAAGCAACCAAUUUUAUUAGCUUUUGGAAGUAGAUAUCCAGAGCACUUCCACCUAAGUCUUCAUGAUGACAAAACUACACUAUGGUUCGACUUUUCUGCAGGUAAAUCAGCAAAUUCUGCAGCUGUUGUAAAUAAUUUUAAUCAUGUAAAACAGACCCAUGGGACAUUGGGCCUACUUGGAUGGGGUCUGAUUCUUCCUUGUGGAGCAAUUGUUGCGAGACACUUGAGGCAUCGGGAUCCCUUGUGGUAUUAUCUUCACGUAGGCAUUCAAUUUGUGGGAUUUUUGUUGGGGCUUGCUGCUGUGGUUGUUGGAGUGUCAUUGUAUAAGACACUGCAUGCCAAUGUACCAGCACACAGAGGAAUCGGAAUAACUGUUCUUGUGCUAAGUAUCCUCCAGAUCUUGGCAUUCUUUCUACGACCAAGUAAGGAUAGCAAGAUCCGCAGGUAUUGGAAUUGGUACCACAGUUGGUUUGGAAGGAUUGCACUUUUCUUCGGAGCUGUCAAUAUAGUUUUGGGGAUCCAUAUUGGCGGAGCAGGGAGUGAAUGGAAAAUAGGUUACGGAUUUAUCCUUGGAACCAUACUGCUCACAUCAAUUGUUCUAGAGGCACUGUUGAUUCUAGGAAAGUCCGGGAAAAAAAUUCCCCCUUCAACCUUCCAAAUGAAUACCCUAUAGUGAGCUAUAUUUCAUUCUGAAAGUACGUCUCUCUCUGCAUACAAAGAUGAUGAAUGGUUAUGGAAUUUGCAUCUAAGAGAAUAUUUCUGGUGGUGAUAGGAGAUUCAGGUUGGCCUUACAAUGUUCAUUUUUAGUAGGUUAUGUCGCUUCAAGUGCAUUAUGAGGUAACUUGCAUGGGAAAUGGUCUGGAACUUCCUCCUACACCGCAAGUGGAGAUUUCUUCCCACGAAACUCCAUCCAUCCCUCUCUUUCUGUACAGAGGAGAAAACAUAAUUCCCUCAUAUAUACUUGGUUCUUUACAAUUUUUUAUUCUUCAAAUCUCUAUUUGUUGUUGUUGUUGUUGUUGUGAAUAUUAUUUUGUUAGCAUAAUUCAGAAGCGGCUACCAAUGUUUUUGCCCUUUUUUUCUCACUACUUAGUAGCUAAGAAAUAGGUAUAGCACAAUAUUGUACCCAUGGUUUGGAAUAUGCUAUUGUACCUUGGUUUAA